GUCUCAUGCCAAAUACUAAGGUGAAACUCUUUGGAAACGAGAUCGCUGCAUUGGAUGAGGGUAUUUUCCGUCCCAUACUUGAGAAAAUGUCCUUUGGAACCGGAAAAUUGGAGAUGUGGAUCCUCGCUGCAGUAAUUUCAGCCGCAUCUAUUACGAUCGUGGCUGUCCUUAUAGGCUCCGUCAUCUGCUAUCGCUGCAAGAUGAAACAGGGGCGGACCCUCGCGUUGACGAAUGAAGAUUUGAAGCGGUUUCGAAGAGGACAACCAGAGAAAAUUAUUUCCUCAUCGGAGCUGAGCGAACAAGCACCUUCUCUGCCAUACAGGAAAAAUUGGGAAUUCCCAAGAGAGAAGCUAAAGCUAGUAAGCGGGAAGGAGCUUGGUCGGGGUAUGUUCGGGGUCGUGAUCAAGGCCGUAGCCGUUGGGAUAUGUCCUCCGGAACCGGAAACG